AUGGUUUCAUCACUAGCUACUCCAUUAUGGCGCCAAGGACCACCAAACAAGCCUGUGUUGUGCAAUGCAUGUGGAUCAAGGUACCGUCUUAAGGGAAAUCUUGACAACUAUUUUCCUAAGCAUUGUCUUCCAAAAGAACUUGGUUGUAGAAAUGAUGUCAUGAAAAAUUUAAAGUUUGUUUAUAAGAGGAAGACACCAAUGGAGAAAUUUCAUGAUAAACUUCUCAACGAGUUGAAAUAUGAGGAUAUCCUACAUGAGUCAUCUUUAGAAGAAGUUUUGUUGUUUGAAAAUGUCAACAAUUUUAUACCUUCAAAUGAAAUUGGGGUUGGAGCUAUUCUUCUUAAACCAGACGAUAUUACAGAGAAAUAG